AUGCUGAACACAAUGAUCUCCUCCCUCCAGCGCCAGACAAUGAGAGGUCAUAGGCUGAAGGGGGCGCUGUCCAACCCCCUCUUUGUUCUGCUCUUGGCCCUCCAGAUCUUGGUGGUUGCAGGGCUGGUUCGUGCUCAGACCUGUCCGUCCGUCUGUUCAUGCAGCAACCAGUUCAGCAAAGUCAUCUGCACCCGUCGCAGUCUACGGGAUGUUCCAGAUGGCAUUUCCACCAACACUCGUUACCUGAACCUCCAGGACAACCUCAUCCAGGUCAUCAAGGUGGACAGUUUCAAACACCUGCGCCAUCUGGAGAUCCUGCAGCUUAGCAAGAACCACAUCCGCAGCAUCGAAAUCGGCGCCUUCAAUGGGCUGGCCAGUCUUAACACCUUGGAGCUCUUUGAUAAUCGGCUCACGACAAUCCCAAAUGGAGCCUUUGAGUACUUGUCCAAACUGAAAGAACUGUGGCUUCGGAACAACCCCAUCGAGAGUAUACCAUCGUAUGCCUUCAACCGGGUGCCCUCACUACGAAGGCUGGACCUAGGCGAACUCAAACGUCUCUCCUACAUUUCUGACGGAGCUUUCAAGGACUUGAGUAACCUGCGCUACCUGAACUUGGGAAUGUGCAACCUCAAGGAGAUCCCCAACAUCUUACCAUUGGUCAGGCUCGAAGAGCUCGAAAUGUCAGGCAACCAGCUCUCUGUUAUCCAGCCCAGCUCUUUCACAGGAUUAGUGAACCUCCAGAAACUGUGGAUGAUGCAUGCCCAGAUCCAAACCAUUGAGAGAAAUUCCUUUGAUGACCUGCAGUCACUGGUGGAGCUCAACCUGGCCCACAACAACCUUACCUUGCUACCACAUGAUCUCUUCACCCCUUUGCAUCGCCUUGAGCGGGUCCACCUUCAUCACAACCCUUGGAACUGCAACUGUGACAUCUUGUGGCUCAGUUGGUGGCUGAAGGAGACGGUGCCUGCAAAUACCAGCUGCUGUGCCCGUUGCCAUACCCCUGCAAACUACAAAGGGCGAUACAUUGGGGAAUUAGACCACAGCUACUUCCAGUGUGAUGUCCCUGUCAUUGUGGAGCCACCCACUGACCUGAAUGUGACAGAGGGAAUGGGAGCGGAGCUUAAAUGCCGUACAAGCUCUUUGACAUCCAUCAGCUGGCUUACACCAAACGGUUCAUUGGUGACUCAUGGGGCUUAUAAGGUGCGUUUGUCUGUACUCAAUGAUGGGACAUUGAACUUUACAAGCGUCACCAUGCAGGACACUGGGACUUACACCUGCAUGGUUAGCAACACAGCAGGCAACAUCUCUGCCUCCGCUGUGCUUAACGUCACUUCAGUGGAAAACAGCGGGGUGACAUAUUUUACCACAGUCACGGUGGAAACCAUUGAGACACCCGGGGAUGAUAGCCAAACCCCGCUUCCUCCUUUUGGCUGGGUGUCAUCCUCAACCACAAAAGGUCCCCCCGUUUCAACAAGGACCACAGAGCGGACUUAUACCAUUCCAGUUCUCGAUCUGGAUGGAGAGGGAGCCCUCAAUGGCCUGGAUGAGGUGAUGAAAACCACCAAGAUUAUCAUUGGCUGCUUUGUGGCCAUCACGCUUAUGGCUGCUGUCCUACUGGUGAUUUUCUACAAGAUGAGAAAGCAGCAUAACCAGCAGGAUCCUGAUGGCCCUGCCUCCUCCAUGGAGGUUAUUACUGUUGAAGAAGAGCUCGCAGGUGUCGCAGCCAUGGAGAGGCACCUAUCGCUGCCCCCACUGGAGCAUUACAACCACUACAACACCUACAAGAGCACUUACCACCACCCCCCUAUGCUCAGUACCAUACACAGCUCAGCCACACAGGAACCUUUACUGAUUCAAGCCUGCUCAAAAGACAAUGUACAGGAGACCCAAAUCUGAUCCUGCAUCCGACAAAAUAUCAAAAUAUCAGCAGUUUCAUACUCGGAUUACAAUGGACCAAAUGGUGAAGAUAAAAGAAACUAAACUGACAUUAACUUGACAGACGACAUGAGUGAUAAAUCAGCAUUGGGAAAGGGGAUGACAUAUGGUACUUUAACAAGUGUCUUUACAAAAACAAAGAUUAUUUAUUGAAAAGUAUGUCUAGUGGCAAAAUGAAGAAAAACAAAUGUGUGAUAGCUUUUUAGCUCCUCUUUUUUCUCUCUGUGUGUAAUACUGCAUAAGGGAAAGAAUGGUUUACUACAAGUGAAUGUGGGAUAUAUCAAAUUCAACCCAUGAUAAACCAAUAUAGAAAAGGGCCUUAAACUAUAGUCAAUGCAAUGCCAUUAGACUGUAUUUGAUACUUUGAUUUAAGCUGAAAAUCAUAUACUUUGA